AUGAUAGUCACGGACAAUGGGACACAGUUUACGUCAGAGCUAUUUGAGAAGUUUUGCAAGGAUAACGCGAUAAAACAUGUCUGCAGUACACCAUAUCAUCCGAAGACGAAUGGCCAAGUUGAACGGUUCAUCAAAACAUUCAAGUCAAGAUAUUUGUCCAGCAAAGGUGACAGGCAAGAUCAAACACAAAAGUUGGCGAAGCUAUUGUUUGCCUACAGAAACACACCACAAAAAUCUACGAGCAAACCUCCAUCUGAACUGUUCUUCGGCAAAAGACUUCGAUCUCCAUUGGACAAUUUGAAGCCUACGGUGAAAGACGUGAUAGCAGAAUCAGUUUUUAAACAAAAGGAGUAUCACGAUGGCAAAAGUAGACGUAGAGAAUUUUCUGAGGGGGAAGAAGUCUGGGUGCAGAGAGAAAUAGGUGCCGGCUGGAAUCCAGGAGUGAUUGCAUCAAGAACUGGUGAGCUAUCAUACCAAGUCAGGGUUGGUGGACUUCUGAAGCGAAAACACGCAGACCAGCUACGUAAGAGAAGCGGAGCUUUAUCUGAAGGGGGAGAAGUGUGA